AUGCGGGCCUUGUCCCGAAUGCUUGUGGCCGGACUGAUUGUAGCGACGCUGGUCUGGCUAAGGAUACAGUUCUCCAAACUUCACCAGUCCAUCCUAGCGCUCGACCGACUAUCGCAGGAAGGCGGCCUCUUAUCCAGUCAUGGUCUCUCUCACGCAAUCAACUCAUCGAGCGAGACGGAUCCUCUGCGAGCCGUCAUGCACGCCAUUUCGAACUCCCUUCUCAACGGAAGUAUAGAAGCCGUAGCGACACCCAAAUCCGGCCUUCGAGAUAGUCGAACCAAGGUCGUUGUUGUUGCCAAAACAGGCAAGGAGAAGACGCAAUGGGUCUCGAACAUGCUACCGAACUGGGAACAUGCCGUCUAUGUGACCGAUGAUCAAAAGGCACCGCUCCACACGACUCGCAACAAGGGUAGAGAAGCGAACGUCUUCCUCACCUACAUCAUAGAGAACUAUCAUGACCUGCCCGAGACCGUCGCCUUCAUACACAGCCAUCUCACUUCUUGGCACAACGACCAGAACGCUGCCAAAUCUUUGCAAUUGCUCAACAUCGACUUCGUGCAGCGCAACGGCUAUGCAAACUUCAGGUGCCAUACUUCGCCUGGUUGCAACCCCACGGAGAUCCAGCCGUUUCGUCACAAGAAAGAGCAGACCGGCAUAGACAGACACAAAGCUGAGACCGAGAAAGCCUUUGCUAAGGCUUGGUCUGAAUUGUUCAAUUCCACUGCCGUUCCGGAACAGGUCGGCGUGGCCUGCUGUGCUCAGUUCGCCGUGUCUCGAGACCAGAUUCGAAAAAGACCACUCGCGCAUUACGCCUGGUUCCACAGCUGGCUGAUGGACACCCGGCUGAGUGAUGCCACCGCAGGUCGAAUCUUCGAGUACCUGUGGCAUAUUAUCUUUGGCCAGGAUCCUGUCUAUUGUCCAAAGGUCCAUGAGUGUUACAGAAAUGUUUACGACCAAUGGAAUGUCUUCUCUUAG